CUUCUGGGAGCAAGUGGACGACAGCACAUGCUCCCAGGACCAAGUGUCGCUGGCACAGCUCGGGGACAGCGCGGAUGCCGGCAUUACCACCUGUGGCCCCUGCAUGACCGCUGAGGUCGUCGAGGAGCUCCCAGACCUCCCCCAGGCAGAGGGCGGCUGCAUGGACAUGGAGGACCCAGUGACAGGGGAGAAGCUGCUCUACGGGGACACCACCUUCCCCGAUGGCCUUGACAGCCUGGCCAGCAGCACCCCUGUCACUGGGGACUUCUGGGAGCACGGCCCAGAGGGUGACAGCCCGCAGGAGCGCCUGGCGACGGCCAUGAUGGGGGACACUGACCCCUUCUGGGGGGUGAUGGCCUCCCCAUCACCGACUCCCUGGGGGUCAUGGGACACUGGGGACAAAGACCUGCAGGUCCCCCUGCCCAGCCCCCUGCCCAGCCCCCCACCUGCGCCCCAGCCUCGCCUGCCCUCCACAGCCCAACUCAUGGAGGAGCUGCAGCGCAGGCAGCUCCGGGUGCUGCUCACCCGCCUGCCCCUGCCACCGGGCACCGUCACCUGCCGGGGGCUGCCGGGACCGGGAGCUGCAGGCGCCAGAAACACCAAGCGCCCCGCGCCAGUGAGAGAUCCUGAGGGCCACAGGACUGCUCCGCUUGACACCAUCCCGCGGAAGCGCAGAACACUGUGACCAGGAGCCCUCCCGGCCACGAUCAUGCGCUGGCCCCGGCACCGCCAAGCGCUACGUUGCCACCUUCACCUGGCAACCCUGCUGGCCCUAAGCCUGGAGAAGAGGCCACGGCCCUGCCCGGCACCUCGCGGUCACCCAGGGGAACCACCAUCCACAACCAGGACCCCCCGGCCUGGUACCACCAGCACCGCGACCACCACCUCUACCCCUUCCUACUGCUGACAGCCACAGCACCGGCAUGCCCACUACCCACUGGGACCGGCGUCCCCAGGAGCAGCGUCCCCACCCGGGCUGAAGACGCACCCACCGGGGGACACAGGACCGAACACCAGCGACCCGAACCCCAGCAGCCGAGCUGGCUGUGCCUGUGCCCACGGGGACAAUCCCAGCGCAGGGACUGUGGCAGCAGCUGCCCGGGCCCCACGGCUGCUGCACCUCCCGCCGACUCCCCGCCGAUUCCUCGGGCCCUGGGGCCGCACAGCUGCACCCACCGCGCUCAGGAGCAGGAGGACUCGGUGCCCGUCACACCCCAACAGCGGCCACAGCAGCGGGCCUGAAGAACUUGGCUCAGGAGGAGCUGGACACUCUGUUGAUGUCACUGGGCAACUGCCGGUUUUGUACAGAGGAAGAUGGACAUGGAAAAAGCCACCGGUACGGCGACACGUAACCUACCGCUCCAGCGCUGUCCCCGUGGCGCCCACAUCCAGAGGAGGUGUGGAGGCAGAGACCUGCACCCACGCACCCUCUCCAGCCCCUCUCAGAUGCCGCUUUCUUGCUCCAUUCAUUAAACCACUUGGGUGUUGG